UGAAUAUCGAAUUUGCUUGUCACCGAUGUUAGGCAACCGGCAAUACAAACACUUUCCGGGAGAGCUCCUGCAAACGCAUGCAAAUAAACGCCCUGGGCUACCGCUAGACGUGAGUGUCAUUUCCAGUUACUUGUCUGUCUUUAUUUGUUGGUUAUAUCCAAUCUAAAAAAAUAAAUGCAUUUCAGCUGUAAAGGCCUACAAGCUGAUAUAGUCGCUUUCCAGCUUAGUUCUUUAUAGAGAACAAGUGCUCUUUCGCGUAUUUAACCCGUGUGCAAUACUCUCGAAUCAACCAUGGAAGUUGAAACAGAGGAGUCAGACUUGAACAUGUCCAAAUCGCCCAAGUCUCCUGCCAGAUCACGAUCGGCCUCAAUCGCCUCCAAUCGCUCUUCAAAAAGCCGAUCCGUGUCCCCAAAAACCAACCAAAAUGGAACUUCGUCGCCUCGCCAAUCCCGAUCACGCAGCAGAUCAGCUGCUAGCAAUCGCUCAAGAUCCAGAAGCGGCUCAGCGCGUAGCGCAGCCAGCAACCGGUCCCGAUCUCGCAGCGCUGCUUCUAACAGCCGAUCUAGAUCGAGGAGCAGAUCCGCUGGCAGCAGAAAGUCGAAAUCGCGCUCCCGUAGCGGAUCGGCAAACAGCGCAGCCAGCAAGCGUAGCAGAAGGUCCAAGAGCAAGUCCAGGUCCAGAUCGAGGUCGCGCAGCGGAUCGGCCAAGAGUGGCGCAAGCAAUAGAAGCGGGAAGUCCAGAUCCAGAAGCAAGAGUGUGGCCAGCAACGGUAGCAGGAAGUCGAAAAGCCGGUCUCGGUCGCGCAGCGGCUCAGCAAAGAGCGCAGCUAGUAGCCGGAGUAGGAGAUCAAAGUCCAGAUCGCACAGUAGUAAAUCCAGAUCACGAAGCCGUUCAGCCGGAAGCACGUCGAGCAGAAAAUCUAGAUCGAGAAGCGGUUCGGCCAGGAGCAGGUCCAGGUCUAGAUCGGGAUCAGGCAGAUCGAGGUCAAGAUCAGGGUCUAGACGCUCGAGAUCACGAUCGGGAUCUCGCCGCUCAAGGUCAGGAUCAAGAAGAUCUCGGUCUGGGUCGGCAAAAUCCAAAUCGCGAUCAAGAUCCAGAUCGGCUUCUGCCGCAUCUCGUGCAGGAUCUGGGAAGUCUCGGUCACGCUCUGGAUCCAGGAAAUCUAGGUCACGCUCAGUUUCUCGCAAAUCUCGGUCCAGAUCAAAGUCAGGAUCAGGAGAUGAAGCAGGCCCGAGCAGCCAAAUGAAAAGAUUGUUGGAUUCGGAUUCAGAAGAUGAGGAAAGAGCGCACAAGUCCAAGGUUAGCAAAGUACUGGACAGCGAUAAUGAGGAGAACGAGGCCGGACCGUCUCAGGAACCAGAGCCACAAGAAAAUGUUAAUGUUGAUGCACCAGCGGGUCAAACGCAAGCCGAUGAUGAUUAUGAUUCGGAUGACGGACUCAAUCCAUGCACCCAAAGUAGCGAAGGAAUGUCCGAUUUUGACGUGAUGCUCCAACGGAAGAAGGAGGAGCAAUCUAAACGACGAAAACGGAAGGAUAUAGAUAUCAUCAACGACAACGACGAUAUCAUUGCCCAGCUAUUGUCAGAUAUGCGACAUGCUGCUGAAGAGGACAGAAGGCUGAAUCAGGAGCACAAGCCGGCCAUAAAGAAAAUUGCCAUGCUAGCCAAGGUCAUGUCUCAACUCAAAAAACACGACCUACAAUUGGCCUUCAUUGAGCACAACGUACUUAAUGUGCUCACUGAUUGGCUGGCGCCGAUGCCCGACCGCUCCAUGCCCUCCCUUCAAGUGAGAGAGAGCAUUCUGAAGCUACUUGCGGAAUUUCCUCCAAUCGACCAGCAAACCCUCAAACAAUCAGGCAUAGGAAAGGCUGUAAUGUACCUGUACAAACACCCCAAGGAAAUAAAGGAGAACAGAGAAAAAGCUGGAAGACUAAUCAGCGAAUGGGCGCGACCAAUCUUCAAUUUAUCCACAGAUUUCAAAGCUCUUAGCAAAGAGGAGCGUCUACAGCGAGACAUAGAGCAGAUGGGCAGCAAACGGCGCAAAACCGAGGAACAAUCCGAAAAAGAGCGAAAAGAGUUGGCUAAAGCCCUCAAUGCCGAUGGAAAGCCUCUACGACCAGGAGAGAAGGGUUGGGUUGCUCGUGCUCGAGUGCCAGUGCCGUCAAGCAAGGACUAUCUAGUCAGGCCCAAAUGGAAAUCUGAAGUAGAUAUAAGUAGACAAACCAAGAAAGGGAUGAAUCGUUUUGAGAAGCACUACAAGAACUUCCUGGAUGGCAAACGGUUGAAGCAAACCAGAAGGGCCGUCGAUAUUUCUAUAGAAGGACGACACAUGGCCCUUUGAGGGAACAUCGAAUGUGUAUAUUUUGUUUAAGUUGAAAGAAGAAUGGAUUUUUUGGUUGCUUAAUUUUGCUGCGUGAGUGAUGGCAUCGUGCAUACCCAGUAAGAUUCAUUUUUGUUGUUAAAAUUGCUUAAUAGUUUCAGAAAAAAACGCAUUCUACCGGGUAUAAACGACACGUUUAUAUGAUUUGCUAUUAUAGUGCAUACUUUAAUGAAUAAAAUGUUCUUUUGAAA